CCGUGUGAUGCGCGCGGAAUGGGCUCAACAUGGCGGAAACUCUAGCGCUUGUCCCGGUUCUGACCGUCUCCCGGUGCCGCUGCAGAGUAAGUUUGUUAUAAAGUUCCCAGAGGAGUUAUUAUGGAAACACCGGCGGCAGAAGAGAGACUCCGGUGAAGAUGAACGCAGAGCUCCAGGCCUCCGCUGCUCCCCUGCCCUCAGAUCACCUGCUGCGCUCCGGAGCGGUCAUCUUCCCCGGUGCGUUUGACCAGCACGGCUGUCCUCUGGUGGUGUUUCCAGCCGAGGCUCAGGGUAAACUCCCAGAGGAGCUCAGCACAGAGGAGGUGUCUCACUUCAUACACUACUGUCUGCGCCUGCACAACAUAAGAGGCGAGGAGAGCCUGCUGUCUGUGGUUGUUGAUUUGAGGCAGGCCAGCCUCGCCAUCGCACGCUUUAUCGCUGAAACUCUCCUGUUGUUGGAGUUUUCCAGAAGGAUCAUCCACUCGGUGUAUAUUGUUCAACCAAAGAAGAAAGAUGUCCUGAAGCAGCUGGGGAAGCUCCUGACACAGAGCGGCUCCAAGCAGCACAGACCUGUCCUCUUCAAACGCAUCUUCCUCAAAGAGGUUUUUGAGCUUUCCAACUACAUCGACAGAAGCCAGUUACCGUCUAGUUUGGGUGGAUACCUCAUAUACUGCCAUAAGAGCUGGGUUGCCUUUGUUAAGGAGAUCGACGCGUUCGUGCAGGAGUUUCUGUCGGUGGUGAACAGACUGCCGUCCUGUAUCUGGACUCUGCAGACGCUCGCCAAGCGUCCCGUGCCGGCAGACCUGGAGCGGCUGCAGGAGUUCUGCUGUGUGAACCAGGCACGCUUCCAGCAGCUCCGGAGGGAUCUUGGUCUGGAUGACUUGUUGAAGCACUGCGAGGGUUUGUUGGAGAAGCUGCGUUUCCCAGAGAAUGAGCCCUGUUUUCAUACAAUGGCUGGAACGCUCCUCUACACGCACACCUCGCUAGAGAUGCUCCACAACUACAACCGGAUAACCGCAGCGGUGGAGAAGGUGGAGUUGCUGUGGCAGCAGGUGUUUUCCAGAGCCCAUGUCCAGCUGCAGCUCCUCCAUCUGCAGCGAGAAGCCCAGCAGAUCCAGGAGCAGAUGGUUGCGUUGCACAGGGAGAAAGUUCAGCUCUACAGGAUUGAAGUGGCUAAAGACGCGCACAGAGCUGAAGAGCUCCGGCUGGAGUUUGAGGCUUCAGUAUACACUCAUGCAAUGGCGCUGGUUCGCCGCGCGGAGGACGUCAUGCACACGUUAGCGGAGACUGUUCCGCUCAGCGAGAGAAAGCCUGCGGAGCCGUGGCUGGAGGACUUGGCCAGACUGAAGGAGAACCUCUACUCUGCUGUUCAGCAUCUCUACCAGACUCUGAGGACCGUGUCUGACUUCCAUCACACCUGCAACAGAUGUAAGAGCUGGUACGGUGCAGUGCUGUGCGAGAGCCUCCUGCAGGAGCUGCUGUGGAGUGGACACUGUGAGGUCAGCCGAUCCCCGGACCUGUCCAGCUGCAGACGAGGAGUCCAGAGCUUCCUCAGGAGAAACCCCUGUCCGGAGGUGCAGGAGCUGGUCAAGCUGGCGCAUCUCUCUAGCGCUACAACCGACCCGCACCUUCGGCACACUGGCACGCAGCUGUCUCACAGAUGCAUGACUCUGAGGAGACUCUUGACCUCACCUGGAGCCGUUCCCCUUCACGACCUUCAGCUUGCCCUCCAGUGGCAGUACGAGUUCCUCAAGGGUCACCACAAGACCUCUGACAUCACUUCCCCCGAGGACGAGCGCGUUUCCUGCGGCCUGCCUCCAGACUCGGCCGCUCAUGCGGUUUCUCCGUGUGAGAGCUUGUGUGAUUUAGCUAAGUGGCCUUCUGUUGGCGAUCACCGGAUCUCGUCCGCUCUGGGGUCUUCUGCAGGCAAACCUCCCUCUCUCAGCUCCUUUGACUCUGGCUUCGAUGGAGCGGCUAGCAGUCACCUGGACAGCAGGAGCAGAAGAGAGCCGCUGCCUAGGAUUCUGGGAAACGGAGACUCUGCUUUCAAGUCCAAACCUCUGCAUGGACAGAUCCACGAGGAGAACAUUGUGAGUGUGUCUGAUUCUGAAGACUCUCGUGAAGAGCUAGGGUUUAGUUUAAAGAGGGAGUCCACUCGCGCCAGCAUUCAGAUCGUUCCCAAAAUUACCUCGGACUCUCUGAACCUGGAGAUCAAGGUGAAGCGCUCCGCUACGCUGCCCAAGAACCCCUGGCUGAGCCUCCCGAUAGAUGACCUGGAGAGCUCUUAUACGGUCACCAUUACGCCCAGCUCUUCCAGAGACCCGCGGAGCCAGGCACGAGAUCGAGACCGGCCCUCUCCGACGGAGGAGCUGGGAUCCGCUCCGCUCCAGAGCCAGGAGAGCUUUGAGGAGUCGGAGCUGGAUCCUGUGGGAAAUGUUCUGUCCAGUACCUUAACGGAUAAUGAAGACAAGCCCAGCAGCACGGUGGAUGGGGAUCCUUCUCUUCUCUGGGACACGUUUGAUCUUCACAAUCUCAGACAGGACUCUUACGAACGGUUGGACGUGUCUCUCGGUGACUGGGUUCAGAGAGAGCAACAGGAGCUGAGAGAGGUGGAGGAGACUUUAGACCGAGCAGCUGAGAUACUACAGGAGGAGGAGAAUGUGCUUUCACAGGAGGUGGUGCUGGAUGAGCUGUUGAGGUCCGAGGACUUGCACAAACACUGGCCCUUAUGGGCUGAAGGACACCAGCUCAGUACAAUGUCCCCAAGAGAGCUGGCGGAGUCUGGCGUGAUCGGACUGGACGAUCAGCGUGACCUCACUUCCCCUGACUCUGAGGCGCUGAGAUCCUGUGAGGUUUGUGAAGAUGACACUGACGCCUCAGGAUUAUCUGAUAAAAGUCCAUCCACACGUGAAGGGCCUGUGCAGCAGGACACGGGAUGUCCUGAGGAACACCGACGCGGGAUCCUUCGGGAGCUGAGACUCAUUCAAGCUCUCGAGGAGCGAAUUAUGGAGGAGCACGUGAAGCUGGAGGCCCAGCGCUGCAGAGAGACGGAGAGCCUGGGCCCCGAGGAGCCGGAGCCGGAGCCGGUCAGGGAGAGGAGCGUGUUCCUGCAGCAGCUGGAGCAGGAGAAACAGCAAGUGGAGAAGAUGGAGAGAAGCCUGAGCAGAGAGAUGGGGAGAGCGGGCAAGAAGAGGUCCAGCAGAGUUGUGACGUGUUCAGUCAUGGAGAGGAACUCGACGCUGAAAGAUCUGGACGACGAGCUGUUGAGGAGCUGUGGGCUCCAGUCGCUUCCAGACUCAGACGAACCUCAGCGUACAGACACUGAGAAAACCUCUUCUGAUUUGGUUUCAAACACAGAAGAGUGCACCAGUACAAAUCCAGCUGGAGAUGCUGAUCUCACAGACUCGAGUUUGACUUCUGAGCCUGCUUCUACCGCGAGCCUCGGACGACUUGACUCUGAAUCCCUUCAGUCUUGUCACAGACAAACCACUCGAGGCAACAGGCUCACGGAGACCGGAAAACUGGAAGAGUCCAGCGCAGUCCCAUCUCUCCCGGCCAGCGCACACGUGUAUCCUGGGCAUUCGGAGGAUGAAGCGUCUCCCUGCGGCGGUCCAGACGGUGCCGAUCUGCUGGAGACGGAUGAAGCGUGCUCGACUCAGGACAGCGCUGAUGUACGAGGUGCGUUUGAUCCUGGAGGCGUCUCGAUCGCGGCGCGGAGGCGAGAGGAGAGCUGUCCAUCAGACUGUGAAGCUCAGGCAUCAGUCGUUCCCUCAGAGAUCAUGCAGAACAAUAACAACAACACCGCAGUGCUGUGCAGUGCAGAGACCCCGGGGAGCGCGGGCUCCUGCACCGAGACGCAGGAGGACUCUGACGGAUCCAUGAGAGCGGCCUGCGGAUCUACUCUCCAGCAGCUCCACGCAUCCAGCAGACAGAUGAGUGACUAUAAGACGCCCAUCGUGCUGGACACGGGCUCCGGUCUGAUGAAGGCUGGGUUUGCAGACCAGGACCUUCCAACUACAGUGUUCCCCACCGUCAUCGGCCGUCCCAAAUAUGAGGAAGUAAUGAACGGCUGUGUGGACCGAGAGCUGUAUGUGGGGCAUGAUGCGCAGCACAUCAGAGGAGUGCUGACCCUCAAGUAUCCCAUCAGAAACGGCAUUGUGAGCAACUGGGAUGAGAUGGAGAUGAUCUGGCAUCACGCGUUCCAGCAGCUGUGUGUGUCUCCUGAGGAUCAUCCGGUGCUGCUGACCGAGGCCGCCAUGAACCCGCUGCAGAACCGCCAGCGCUCCGUGGAGCUGAUGUUUGAGGCCUUCAGCGUCCCGCUCGCCUUCGUGGCCCUGCAGGCCGUUCUGGCGCUCUACGCCUCGGGACGAACCACCGGGGUGGUGCUGGACUCCGGUGACGGCGUCAGUCACAGUGUUCCUGUGUUCGAGGGUUACUGUCUGCCUCACGCCGUGCAGCGCUUUGAUCUGGCCGGAUCCCACGUCACCCUGCAGCUCCAGAAGCUGCUGCUGGAGCAGGGUGUGUGCAUGCAGACGUCUGCCGAGCUGGAGAUCGUGCGUGAGAUGAAGGAGAGGUGCUGCUGUGUGGCGCUGGAUUACGACGCAGCGCUGAAGAGCGCCUCGGAGGUGCACUACACGCUUCCUGACGGGCGGAUCGUCUCGCUGGCCUCCGAACGCUUCCGUGCACCGGAGAUCCUCUUCAGGCCGGAGCUGAUCGGGCGAGAUCAUUAUGGGAUGCACGAGAGCGUCUUCAGAUCCGUCCUGCUGUCAGACAUCGACCUGCGGCGCAGUUUUGUAGGAAACGUCCUGCUGUCAGGCGGGAACACGCUGCUGCCAGGGCUCCCCGCGCGUCUGCAGCAGGAGAUGCGGCUCCUGUGUCCGGCGGAUCUGAGCGUGAGGGUCAGCAGCCCGAGCGAUCGAGACUUCUCCGUGUGGCGUGGCGGAGCGGCGCUGGCCAACAUGGCCGACCUCUGCGGCGCCUGGAUCAGCGCAGACGAGUACGAGGAGUUCGGCCCGCAGAUCGUCUUCAGGAAGUGCUUCUGAGCCGCCGCCGAUCUUAAAGUGCUUUUAAGUCUUUUAGACAGGGUUUUUGUUGUUUUUGGUGCUCUAGAGUGCAGUAGAGUAGGUGCCAAGUGCUGCUGUGAGUCUUGUAGGACUCUUCCAGAGCCUGUGUUUUUAGUUUCCAAGAGAAAAAUGACCUUUUUAAGCUCAACAUGAAGAGCUCUACAUGCAUACACUGGUUGUAUCAAUCAGAUUGUUUGUCUCUUUGCCACUUUAAUCAUGAUCUAAUCAAUCAUGUCUAAUAUGUAAAUUUUAUGUGUUUAAUAUAUCUAUGAGAUCUUAAUGUGACCUUUUCAGUGUUUUGAUGCUUUUCAUGAGGCUCGCAUUGCAACACUUUCUCGCGUCUGCAAUCACAUCUAUGAAUCUGGCUCACAUUGACAGGAGGCGUCACUGUAUUAGACGUGCGACGGAUCCUUUCCUCCAUGUGUUUCUCUGCUGUUCCUCAGACACCUGUGUGUGUGUGUGUGUGUGUGUGUUUCUGCUGUGUUUUGAUUUGCUGAGCAGGAUUGAUUAGUUGAUUUGCAUGAAUCUCACUUCACAUCUUUUCAUUUGUAUUUUCACUGGGGUUUUGUUUUAUCUGAGGUGGUUUUGAGCUGCAUAUGGAUCCGUCAGCGGCUCGUCGGUUGACGUCUGUGAGGUUUGCUCUUGUUUACAUGUUCACUAGCUGAUCCAAAUCCUGUGUGUUCAGAUUAAAGCGCUCCGGAUGUUGCUCGACGUGUUUGCCAUGAAUGCACUGUGACCAGCACGUGUUUAGCAUCAGUGUCUGUUAACUGGCUAAAGUCUGGACCUUUUUACA